AUGAUUACUUUCACUAAAGCUUUUAUUAUUUUGGCAGAGACAAUAUCAGUCAUUACAAAUGACGGACGCAAUAUAGUGGGUGUCCUAAAAGGCUUUGACCAGGCAACAAAUAUAAUUCUUGACGAGUCACAUGAACGAGUUUAUUCUACCAAGGAAGGUGUCCAGCAGCUUGUUCUAGGUUUAUACAUCAUUAGGGGUGACAACAUAAGUGUUGUUGGUGAACUGGAUGAGGAUCUAGAUUCCAAUUUAGAUUUGUCCAAGCUUAGAGCUCAUCCCUUAAAACCUGUCAUCCACUGAAGCAAACUUAUCUUAGUUGUUAGGGCUUAGGAGUUGCUUUUGUAUGGAACUGAACUCAUGAGCUUUGAGAAGCUGGGAUUGCAGGGU